CUAAACGUGCAUGUAUACUUUCGAGCCGCAGGUUGUGUCAUUUUUAUCGAAUAGCCAACGCACAGAUAAUUAUUUAUUUUCAUGCCUCCAGAACUGGUAGAACAUAUAAAACAUAUUCAGCGUUUGUAAGAAAAAAUCUUUACUAAAACGUACUCAAGGAAAAGUUAACAUGCCGGACGAAUUGCAAACCAGCGAGAUAACACUGUAUUCAAUAUUGAUUUUUUUGGUUUUGGAAAACCUCAUUAAUCUGUAUUUGACGCGUCGUCAGAUUUACGUGUAUGAAACAAGCAAAGAUGUCCCAGCAGAGCUUAAAGAUGCCAUGAAAAAGGAGACCUUCGAAAAAGCUCGCCUCUACGGAUUGGAUAAGGCAAACUUUGGUAUAUUCAAACUGCUUCUGUGUGAUAUCGCUAUCGUGUCGAUAGAGCUGUAUACCGGCUUUAUAGCACUAAUUUGGGCCAGAGCCGUUCAAAUUACGCAACAAUUUGGUUUAAAUAUUGAAAGCGAAAUUCAAGUAAGCAUUGUGUUCCUAUUGCUCAUCAAUAUUAUUGGUACUUUCAAGGAUUUGCCCUUCAAAAUUUACGCAACUUUCGUGUUGGAAGAGAAGCAUGGCUUUAACAAGCAAACUGCUGGAUUUUUCAUUAAGGAUCAAAUUAAGUCAUUCCUUGUCGGUCAAGUCCUAUCGAUUCCAAUAGUCAGUGCGAUUAUCUAUAUUGUUCAAAUAGGAGGAGAUUACUUCUUCAUUUGGUUGUGGGCGUUCAUGGGAGUCGUUUCACUGCUACUGAUCACGAUUUAUCCGGUAUAUAUUGCUCCAUUAUUCGACAAAUUCCGUCCGCUCGAGGAUGGAGACCUGAAAAAAAGUAUUGAGGAUUUGGCAGCUUCAUUGAAAUUUCCGCUCGGAAAACUGUUUGUGGUUGAAGGUUCUAAGCGAUCUGCGCACAGUAACGCCUAUUUCACUGGUUUGUUCGGUGCCAAACGCAUAGUCCUGUUUGAUACACUACUGCUGAACAAAGGACUUCCAGACGAUUCUACUCUGGCGGAAGAUGAGAAAGGUAAAGGUUGUGAGGACAAGGAAGUACUAGCAGUGCUUGCACACGAACUUGGUCAUUGGAAGCUAGGCCAUAUACGGAAAAAUAUAAUCAUCAUGCAAGUGCAAAUGUUCCUGAUUUUCAUCGUGUUUUCUCAACUAUUCAAGUACUCCCCGUUGUAUCAAGCAGUUGGAUUUCCAGAAAAUGUUCAACCUAUUCUCAUCGGCUUUCUCGUAAUUGCCAUGUACAUCCUGGCCCCUUACAAUACGCUUAUAUCCUUUGCUAUGACCAUUCUAUCGCGCCGGUUCGAGUAUCAAGCCGAUGAAUUCGCCAACGAGCUUGGUUUCUCGAAUGAGCUUGGAGAGGCCUUAAUAAAAUUAAAUAUUGAUAAUCUGGGUUUCCCGGUUUACGACUGGAUGUACUCUAGCUGGAAUCACUCGCAUCCUACUUUGUUGCAGAGGCUUGAACGGCUUAAAGCGCUUCAGAAAAAAAAAAGAUAAACUAGCCCAUCCAUUUAUCAAUCGCAGUAGAAUAGAAUUCCACUAGUCGAGAGUUGCGCAGAAGGGCGUUUUAAUUAUUUCUUGUACGGACACAACAUAUGAAGCUACGAUACUAACUAAAGAUAUGUUUUAAAUCACCAGGUUAGAUGUAUAAGAAUUUUUGUAGCUUUAUGCAGAUUUUAUUUAGCCAAUAAAAAUCUUCAUCGCCAUGGAAAA